UUACUCGUUCACCUCUCGCUUCUCUCUCUCUCUCUCUCUCUCUCUCUCUCUUCGACUCUCUGUGGCCUUGUGCCUGUUCUCUCUACAGCUUUAAAUACGAGUGUAGCGGACAUUCAUCAUUUGAUUGAUUGACUGAUUGAUUGAUUGGUGAUUGGUUGAUAGAGGGGACUUGAUCGCUUUCUGACCUUUCCAUUGGCCGGUAAGGAGGAAAGAAGAAGAAGGUUUUCAGUCACACCUUGGGAGAGUUUAGGACGGUAUAGCGGCGACGGCGGCGCAGGCGGAUGAAACGCCCUGCGCAGCGCGAGCCAUCGCUUGCUUACACACUCGCAAGGAAGUCCCUCCGACCGCUUCCUCGAUGGUCGACCGCUCUUCACGUGAGUCAGUCCUGAGUUCAAGUACUCAACGGAAGAGAAGAGUAUCUUGCUACAGGUUGCCACGCGUUGGGACGAUCGAAAGGAGAAUCGUUAGGUUACAUAAGUGAUACUUCGAGGUUGUCCUCAGGGACAUGCGUCAAAUCUGGAACGAUACAGAGAAGAUUAGCAUGCCCCCUUCGCAAGGACGUUGAACCAAGACACUCGAGCGUCAAAUCUGGCUCACGAUCCGCAUCGAACGGUCACCGGUUCAUUGUCGAAGUUGGUGUAGCGCAAUGAGCACGCCCAACCUUAUCAGGCGAAGUUCCUGAAUCCUAUUGAGCUUUUAGACCGAAAGGUGAUUAUAUGACAUAAGCAGGAGGAGGAGGAGGAGGAGGAGGAGCAGGCGGAGGAGGAGAGGAAGUCGACGAUGGACAGAAGAUCCAUUUCUGUAUAGUCCGUCGCAGCCAUUCGUCCCUCUUUGGGACUAGAAGAAGACGACGGAGUAGGAGGAGGAGGAGGAGGAGGUGGAGGAGGAGGAGAGAAACGAGAGGGAGGGGUGCGGACAGGAGAUCCAUUCCCCUAUACUCCACCCAGCAGGUGAUUUACAACUCGACGCUCUCGUUGACACCAGUUUUCUUCUGAGGUUCUGUCCCAUGUUGGACGAUUUGCAAACCGCUGUCACUGCCGCCAGGAUAACUGUUGCGCACAGAGUAAUGGGAAAGGAGUUACUUCUCUGUUCUCAACGGCAGGAAUAGCACAUUCGACGGAAAACCCUCUCCCACAGACACACACACACACACACACACACACACACACACACAGAGAGAGAGAGAGAGAGAGAGAGAGAGAGAGAGAGAGAGAGAGAGAGAGAGGUUCGAACGUGCGUUUAAGUAAAGUUUAUCAAACGGUAUCUCUGGUAUCGAAACGCAGUGUAUGCGUGUGCGCAAUCUAGCGAAGACAUGACUGGAGCAAUCAAUCGCCGCAUCGCUGGUGGAUCACUAGGCAUGGAACGGUUAUAACAGUCGAUUCGAUAGAGGAGAGGGGGAGGAAAGGGAGGGGAAGAGAAUGUGCGCCGAGACGCGUGGGAUACGAUUCGAGAGGGAGGAAGAGGGAAGGAGGAGCAAGAGUAACAGUGACGAAGCGGCAAAGAGAUGAACUAAGCAGAAGAUUGCUUGAGGUAUUGACUCGACGAUCGCUGCGGCAUUUGGAAAAGUGUCGGACAUAAGGAGGAGACUUUGAUUUGGUGGUCCGAGUUUUCUAUUCUUCGACAAAACACACACACACAAAGAAAGAGUGUGAGAGAGAGAGAGAGAGAGAGAGAGAGAGAGAGAGAGACAGAGGAGAUUAUUACACAGGCAGAGACUUGUUAUCAUCUCCAGGAACAAUGAUAUUACCCCCGGACUCGGUCAUCACAAUUGUCUUGAGACCCCUUUUCGGUCACUGCUUGAAACGGCGUCGAGAGAACAAUGGAAGAACCUACCACACUCUCCAGAGAGACCCCUCUGUAAAGGGCGAGGACGACGAGCAUGUAGUGAAGAGGGAGGUGGAGCUGCAGCAUAGUCCUCAGAAGAAGAACCGAAACGGUGCAUGGGAGUACUAUGAUGCCCAGGAUGCGGAGGCCUACUUGCGUGCUCGGUAUGUGAAAUGGCGAGAGUUGGAGGCAAAUUUUCUCUCACCGAAAGAUUCGGUUCGAGCACAGAUCAGCCGCGCACUUUCCAUGGACUUCAACUCCAUCGACUUGGAGAGUGUCACGUGAAGAGGGAAUACGGCUUCUCUUGCCUAUAGGACCCGGAUCGUGCUUUUUGUACGGUUAUGGGUCCGCGAGUUUGACAGAGUCCUCAGCCUCCACCGCGACCUCUCUGUAUGGACGCUAUUUUCCUCGGUAAGGCUUGUCGACUUUUAAUUACGUCUGCUGUAGGGGCAUCUCAAUGAUUCUGCACUCUUUAUAUGAUGUCUUGGAAUGGGCUGGUCUCGUCUGCAUGGCUGGGCUCCUCUUCAUCUGCUACAUCCUUUGAAUGUAGCAGCGUGCUGAAGGGCAACUGGAUCGGGCGGCCAAGGAAUGGCCAUUUGCUGCAUGAUGGACACGGGGAGGCCGCAUCGCGGCAUGCGGCGGGGCAAGGAUGCCAUGUGGUGGAAUCGACAAACGACUGUUGGGCAUGACGGAAGGGAAAAAAAAAACUGUUGGGAAUGCAUCCUGGUGGACCGGCGACUGCUGACGUCAUGCAGCGUUGCUGGUGAUUGUGUGCAAUUCUCUGUCAGUCAUGAGCUCGCCUGCUUGUGUUUGGGGAUGGAAAGGCGGCUGAACAGCUAUGUUCUAUUCCUUCACUAUUGUCAUUUUCCAUUCGAUAAGCGGACUCCCUGUCUGUUUGCGGAUGGCCACCCACCUGCCGCCUGGCUGCGGGCCCUGCUGCUGUACACAGGCAAACUGGCUGCUUUCGGCUGCAUUGGAUCACCCGCCUGACUGUCCAGAUAGGGAAGUAGGCAUGUAGGGUGCAACGAAGGGCGUGCAGGUGGAAGGGAUAGGCGGGGAGAGGGUCGAUCGAUCGAUCGAGAUUUACAUCAGUGGUGAGUCUGGUGAUAGAUAGUGUUCGAAAGCUUUAGGUGCUGAGCAUAUAGACGUAAUGUUGUCGGGCAUGUACGUUUAGCAAGGGUGGUAUCAUGUGAGCAAGUGUGGGAGGGGAAGGAAAGCAGAGGGAGCGAAGAUCGAUCGAUCGAUCGAGUUGAGCCGUUAGGCGAGUGGUGAUAUGUGCAAUGCUUCAGCAGCUUAGGCCCCAGCAUGCUACAAGGGAAUCGGCCCAGCUCAGCAACGGGAACGAGGCCUUUAUCCCUCUCUUAUAUGGAUUUUAACCCCAUGUGUCGUAGUCCGCCCAUUGUAGUUUACCUUUUGCAGAGUGGUGAUACGUACAGUGCUCCAGCAGCUUAGGCCCCAGCAUGCUACAAGGGAAUCGGCCCAGCUCAGCAACGGGAAGGAGGCCUUUAUCCCUCUUAUAUGGAUCUUAACCCCAUGUGUCGUAGUCCGGCCAUCGUAGUAACCCUUUUUUCACCCUUUUAUCCCCCUGUCCGUCCAGGCUCUUGCCUUCCUAGCGUUCAUUUUCCAUCUUCAUCAGUUCUUUUCUUCAGUUUCUUUAUCUCUAUUCCUUUUCACUCAUCGAGCCCGCUGCGGUCUGUCGGACUAUCGGCUGCGCAAUAGAUAUCAGGUCACUCAGCAGCAUCUUCUGGUGCUUCGGUCUAGUCCAGCUUCUUUCCGUCCAGGCUCUUGCCUUCCUAGCUUUCAUUUUCCAUCUUCAUCAGUUCUUUUCAUCAGUUUCUUUAUCUCUAUUCCUUUUCGCUCAUCGAGCCGGCUGUGGUCUGCCGAACUAUCGGCUGCGCAAUAGAUAUCAGGUCACUCAGCAGCAUCUUCUGGUGCCUCGGUCUAGUCCAGCUUCUUUUGUCCCUUCGGUUUGGCUGGAGGUCGUUAUAUGUUUUUACAUAACGAUCUUUCCGGUCGCUGGGAUCGGCAAAUAGGAAAUGAACUCGGUUACUACGAGCUUCUUGCGCUUUCCCCUUCCGUGCUUUCUGCUUCACCGUUAUUAAUUUACGAGCUUCUUGCGCUUUCCCCUUCCGUUCUUCGCUCCGUUGCUAUUCGGUCGUUCUAGGAUAGAGUCUGAAGUAGUGGCUUCUGCGUUUGGGCAAGAUAGACUUAGGAGGGAGGAGACAAAGGGAGGAGGGAGGUCAUAUUCUGUUCUCGUCCAAGCGAAUCCUGUAAAGAAGCUCACACUGCCAUUUUUUUUCUUUUUUUUUUAGUUUCCUGUGCUUUCCUUUCUCUAGAGAAGGACAAGCGCGUCGUUCUGCAGGACGCUCCUUGAUUUUCUACCUAAUUUAGCCCUCAACCCUGCACAUCGUAGUCUAUUUUUGGUAAUCUGCAGUCUCGGGACGAUAUAGAAAAAUCUGAAAUAGGCAUCUCACCAUUUUCCUUAGAUUCUACGGCAAGUGGGCCAUGGAGAUCGGUCUACGUUGGCGAUCAAAUUCCGCAAUCUCAGGUUAUGGGAUCCAAUGGGGAUCGCUUGGCGAUUCUCGCUCACCACUCUACCUGGGUUGUUUUCUGGAAUAGACGGCGGCGGUUGAAGGGGCUUGGCUGCCAGCGUUCGACAAUAUUCAUCGGCUGCUCUUCGUCCCAACUCCAUGGGAGAAUGAAGGAAACAGCUCGUGAAUGUGCGAGUGUGCAUGCUCACGUGCUCCUCGUCGGGCGCGUCUAAGUUUCAAGUCUCUUCAUCCCCAUUCGGAAUAAUUGUGUGCAGUGGUGCAGACUGUGCACGGCAAUCCGUUCUACUAGCCGCUGCAGACGCGUGUCUUUCUGCAGACUUGCUGAAAAGGCCGGGGCUGACCUCUGGGGCGCUAAAGCUUCUGAGAAGUUCUGGCUGGCUACGUAGUUUUCGGAGAGAACACCGCCAGCCUGUGCCCUUGUCGGCGGCGGACUGCUGGCGGAUUAAUUUCCGGAAGCCGAUGCUCGCCGACAUGCGCUCGCAUUGUCAGAAACUCUGUUUACCUGACUGGCCCUUGGUUUGUCAGAAAUUCUGUAAGAUGGAGGCUCUCGACUCUUUGAGCCUAGCGGUGGAACCGGACUGUUAUCGCAGGUGGGCGUGUCCGAUCAUUCGUUGAUUCGAAGCUUUUAGCGUUGUGGAGAAAACCUUUUAGGGCACACUCACACUAGAGACUUAUUUGGAUUCUGUACGGAAUUAGGACCGGAUACGUGUCGGAAAGUUGUAGUGUGAGUAUGCCCUGGUGGAUCGCAAUGAGAGCAUCCAUCGGCUGUCUGCAUGCACGCUGAAGUCAAGGGCCGGUUGUGAAGCGAUGCCCGUCGCUUCUGCUCUUUGUGGAAGGUCUCUAGCGUUACGUCUCUUGCCGGCAAAAUUUUGUCUGGCAGCAGUUUACAUAAAAUUUUUGUUUCAUGCUCUUGCCACUGCUGUACGCCGCCUUUGAAAAAUGCUGCUAGCCUCCGCUAGAAUGUCCGUUAGCUAGAGAAAAUCAACCCCAUUUUUUCCAGGGGUUUUGUUACGUAACCAUUUUAGUACACACACGAGUCCUUUCCUUUUUUUCACCACCUCUUUCUGCCUUCUUUUCACCCUCCUUUUUUUUUUUUUUUUUUUUUUGGAUGUUCAACCUCUUUCUGCCUUCUUUUGACCCCCUUGCUUACAAGUGUGCCUAAAUGCGCACGCUGUUAGUGCCAGCUCUUCUGUCUCUAUUUUCUGUCUCGUAGCUUUGUUCUUGAGUGGUUUUCUCGAGUAGGUGGCCAAGUAGACAAGCUGAACGGAUCCUAGGUUGUCAGAGAAAUUCGUGGACAGUCCAGAGGAACGGCAAUUUGGUUGAUCUGGUCGGAGGAGCGGAAAGCUUGAGAGAGAAAGAAAUCAGUGGACAAGGGGGGGGUACCGCCACUGUUAUGUUGUGUGGCUGGGGAGAGGUUGAGAUUGGGAGAAAUGGGAUUCACCUGGUAGGACUAGGGAGCAAGGUAGGGAAUCUUGAUGUCUACAAUGUUGGCUAGCCAAUGUGGGUCUGCCAGUGGAUAGGUUAUUUAUUGAGUUUGGUGCUAGCAAGGAUGAGGGGUUGGGGUCGACCAGCUGGUGCGGUCGUCUCCAGAUUGUGUAUCUUAUUUAUGCGGGGUAUCCGUCCGAGCUAGAAUACCCUUGCUCUCUUGUGUGAGAGCAAAUGACGUGUUUCUGGUGGUGGACCCUCUGCCUUCUGCGGCAGCCCAGACUUGAUUCGAUCUCAAGGAUCUAUGGAUGAGCUGGCGACAACAGAGAGUUUGGUGUCGAGAUAAAAUAUAUGUUUACACGGAUUGAUGUUAAGAAAAUAUAUAUUUACCUGGCUCAUAGAUUUCGUGCACACACAUGGCGGCCUGAUAGCUCUGUCGGGGGUUGAGCCCUUGCGGAUGGGCUCCCCCCUCCCGCCCCCACCCGCCCCCAAGCUCCACUAUCUUCGACUGCACGGGAGCAUCGAGUGGAAGGUGAGGGAUCAGGUCAUUGGUAGCUCUCGCUUCCAUGGAUCUCACAGGGCUCACCUGGCGACAGUGGUGCUUGAUGUCAGUCACAUGUAUCUCGCGGCAAGUGCACGUUUACUGGUGGUGGGGGCUGGAUGAGGGCGUCGGUUCAGGUGAUAUGUUGCUGGAGGAACUGGGUGUGCACAUUGGUUGGUUGUAAUUGGGUUGGCGUGUGUGAGGGGGACUCGCCCAGCGAAGGAGCUUCAUGUCAGUCGCAUCUAUCCGGCAGCUGCUCUGAGCUUAUUGGUGGUUGCUCGAUAAGUUGGUGCGCAAGUGCCGAGAGCUAGUCGAUUGCUGGAUGAAGUUGAUGGUUCAGCUUUACCGUUGCUGGAGGAUGUGGGUGUGCUGUGCUAUGCACAUUGGUCGAUGUUCAAAGGGCUUCCGUGUGCGCAUCGGCAUUGGUACUGCUAUAGAUCUGCAACAGCUGCGAUCCGCAUGAGCACGGCUGCGAUCUGCGACAGCUGUAGAUCUCCAACAGUUAUCGAUCAUGCAACAGCAGUGAUCUUUGACUGCUAUAGAAUCUGCAACAGCUAUAGAUAGAUCUGCAUGAGCUUCAAUUUAUGUUUCCAGUGGCAGAGUCUACGUCUUAGUCUUAUCUUCAGGAGGAGGGUGUCAUGACGAAGCUUUUGUUGGUGGACGGCGUCAAGGUCGUCAGUGUGGAUGCCAUGGAAAGC